AUGGCCUCGACAAUUUUUCCAAUCGCCGCUGGAGAGCCACCAAGAGUACCACAUCGCCGCAAGGUUCUCCGAUCAAUACAUAACUCGGUCGAGACUCUCCGCGAUUUAUAUCGCGUCUCCGAAAAUGAAGCAACCCAGAUUGAAUUCGUACAAGGGGAAGUUGACUUCAUCGUCUCAUACCCGCGCGGAUGGAGGCUGGUGCUCAUCAUCCUGAGUGGAAUGAUCCCAUACAUGGUGGUAACAACGAUUCUUCCUAUCCUGGUCGCUGACUUCCGCGUACCGAGAGAUAUUGGAUGGUAUGCAUCGGCGUAUUUUCUCCCAAUGACAGUUAUGAUGCCCAUCUACGGCAAAUCAUACACGCUAUGGAGACUCAAACCGGUGUUUAUCCUCGCGCUGGUAAUACUAGUUGGAGGCUCAGUCUGCUCUGCCGCAGCAAAGUCCUCCUCUGUUUUUAUCGCUGGUCGCGCCAUCGCAGGGGUUGGGGCGGCAGGGAUUCUGACAGGCGCAUUCCGGAUCAUCAUGCUUGCUGUGCCACGCAGCAAGCGGACGUUCCUGGAGGGUCUGGGUGCUGUCAUCAUGGGUGUCUGCUCCAUGAUGGGACCCCUUUUGGGCGGCAUUAUUGCUGAUUCGAUCGGGUGGCGUUGGACCUUCUGGAUCAAUGCGCCCAUUGCAGGUGCAUCCAUUGCCGUCGCCUUGGUGGUGUUCCCCAAUGAGAACCCGAGGACGAACCUGUUCACGCUUCCCAUUUACCAGAAGCUGAAGCGACUGGAUCCAAUCGGAGGAGCGCUACUCGUCGCCGCGCUGACAUGCUUCAUCUGCGCGCUCCAGAUAGCGUCGACGUCGGUAUGGUCUUCGAGUGAGGUUAUCGCAUUGCUCUGUGUGGCUGCCGUGCUCCAGGUCGCAUUCAUUCUCCACGAGCUGCUCACACCUCUCGAGAUCUCCCUCCUACCCCGGGAAAUUCUUCGACAUCGAACGGUCUGGGGAUCAUGCUUAGGUCUCUUUCUUCUAUUCGCCAGUUUCAUAAAUUACGUUUUCUUUCUCUCAUACUUCUUCCAGGCCGUCCAGGGUCGCUCAGCGCAAGCAAGUGCAAUUCGAUUGCUACCCUACGUGCUAGGCACCUGCGUUGGCUCCACCAUCGCCGCCGUAGGCGUCUUCAAAGUCCGCUUCUACAAUCCAUUCUUCAUGGUCGGAGGGAUGUGUCUGAUCGCCGCCUCGGCUCUCGUCACCUUCACCUUCACCAUUCACACCCCACUGUCGAAAGUAUUUCCGUACGAAGUCCUUCUCGGUCUCGGCGUCGGCUUUUGUAUAAUCGCAAACGUCGUGCCCGGUCAAACACUGUUGCGAGAAGAAUACCACUCCAUCGCAAAUGGAUUGACGUUCCUUUCCUCGAUGCUCGGCUCAUCUGUUUCGAUGCCUGUUUCGAGCACGAUAUUCAACCAGGUUCUGACCAAGAAAAUCAUUGCGCUAGGGUUGCCUGGCGAGUUCGCCGCCGCCGUCCUGCAUAACCCGUCUCGUGUGCACCAGGAUGUGCGCCCUGAUCUCUUGCCACAAGUGCUCGAAGCGAUGAUGGCGACCAUCAAGAAAACAUUCAUGUUUGGGUUUGCUUCUGCGAUUGCUUGUGCGAUUGUCUUCUACUGCCUCCCCUGGAAUCCGCUUAUCGCUGCAAUACAGCAAGGUGAAGGCCAUUCUCGCAGCACUAGCGCGGAAACAGGCGCCACGGGUAGCAGCGAGAUUCGGGUCAUUGAGCCACAGGUACAGCGAGAAAAAGAUGAAGAGAAGUUGUGA